AUGACUAGCUAUCAUCAACGAGAUUGGGCUGGGAAGCUCGUCUCUCCUUCUCUACAACACCAGGACGAUCCUUCUCCGCCGAAGCAGCCCACUCAAACUGCUUCGAUCCAGGAGAAGAAAUCGAAACCGCAGCCCAAGAAACUGCGCUUCAUUACGAGUCAAGGAGCUCCUCAAGCGAAGAGACGUCGUGUUUCGACUGCUUGUUUGCUUUGUAGAAAACGCAAAGUCGCAUGUUCUGGUGAGCGUCCGCACUGCAAUACGUGCACAAACAACAGACUGGAAUGCACUGGCUACGCGGAUGAGAACGCCCCUGGGACCGGCAACGAGGAUGAAAGCGAGACGCCGCGACCAGCGCCUCCCACUUUGGUACGCGCCGGCACUUCGGAGUCAAUGAAGGCUCCUCCCCCUAGGAAGUCGAAGACCACCAUGCCGAAGCCGCGUAAUGAGAAUCCAGGACUGCCUACGAAGGCUCCAACUCCCGCUGAACCGCGACACGUACCACCGAAGCCUGUGCGCAUUGAGAGCGAUCAGAGCUACUUUCCGAGACCCAUGCCUUCUCUCUUCCUUGGCGCUCGCAAUCGUAUGCCAUACUUUAGAUGGCUCGGUCCCACAGCAAUAAUGCCAGGCUUCAAGCAGAUGGUUGUCAAGGUGAAUCGCUCAUCCUCGGCGACUGAUGGUGUAACUUCGCCCUCGGCUGGAGCUCAACCUGGUGCGUCGGCCAUGUCUAACCACUCUGCGAGUUACGAUCCGGACGCCCGCACUCCCCAGACUCUCCCCUUCUACGACAACUCUUCUAUGCCUCCUAGCGAAUUGAUUACCCAUCUGUGCGAUACCUUCUUCGUUCAUCUUGCUUGCAACUAUCCAUUUUUACAGCGCGAUCGAUUUUUGAGAGACCUCGAGGAGAAGCAAGUGGAUGCGAUCUUGGUGGACGCUGUUUGUGCACUAGCGGCUCGAUUCUCUACUCAUCACUUGCUCGUUCAGCAGACACGCGACGGUAGAGAUGCAAAUCAUUCAGAGCAAGGUUCUGCAUUUGCCCAGCGCGCCAAAUUGGCGUUGAUUGAUACAUAUGCCACGCCAAGUGUUGCUGCUGUUCAGGCCGCCCUCUUGCUUGCCUACAACGAGUUUGGUGAAAGUCGAGAUAGUGGUCUAUGGAUGUAUCUUGGUAUAUCGAUUCGCAUGGCACAGGAUCUUGGUUUACACAAACUUGAUGGUCUUCGCUACGAGGGUCGAGACGGUUCUUCUCCUAGAUAUUCAAGACAGGACAAGCAUCUGGAGAAGACGAUCGGACAUGAUGACUUGCAGCACCAAGAUGAAAAUGAAGCUGAAGAGCAACGAGCUGCUGAGCGUGAACGGGUUGAUACCUUCUGGGCUGUCUUCUUUCUGGAUAAAGUCGUCUCUUCUGGUACUGGACGCAAAAGUACAUUACGGGAUGACGACAUUGAGCUCUCUUUCCCGCCUUUGGAUUUGCUGGACCCGAAGACCGGUUGGCCUUCGCCAUUCCCAGCACUGAUCAGGAUAGUUUGCUUGUACGGUCGAGUAGCGGAUUUACUCAACGGUAUCAAGGAGCCGUCAGACAUUACCGACGAAACGCCUCAGCAAUUGGCAGAUAUGGAAGCACGAGUCACAAACUUCUAUCAGGGUCUCUCUUCUAAGCUACAUUUUCAAGCUAUGAACUUCCACCAUUACGUCAAGGCCGGAGAAGGAACCAACUUUGUUCUGCUCCAUUUCUGGUUCCAUACGCUCAUUGUGCUUCUCCAUCAGCCAACUUUAUUGAAGACCUUUGAAGGCAAGAUGUUGCAAUUGUUCCCUAACAGCCAAGCACUGUCCAUGUCUUCUGCCAAAACGAUCGCAGAUAUUCUAUCGUAUUCACAACUCAUCGACACGAAAGCUGGCCUUGGUAAUCCUUUCACCACACAACCGAUUUACAUUGCCGCAUGCGCUUUCCUCAAAGAGACGGCCGAGCAGACAGCGACCUCGAAAGAACACUCUCGUUCACAAUCAACGGCCAAUUCUCGUACUGGGAGCCCAGUGCGAGAACAACCAGCCGCAGCAGUCGCUGAGAUGCUCAACAUGGCGCGUCCUUCAAGUGUUCUGCCCAAUGCCAGCAGGCCGCCUAUGGUGGAGCGAGCGCUUGCCCGUCACACUUUACUAGCCACAGCAGCCAACCAACACUAUCAACUCUGCUACAAAGCAUUACAGAGCCUCGAAACAUACUGGGCAGGCACAAAAUACAUUCUCACAGUACUAGAUCAAAAGUUCAAGGGAGUAGGGGAUCCUUUGUUGUAUACAGCAGAAGAAGGAGAGAGUGCUUUUGAGCAACCAGAGCCAAAGCCUGCAUUCACUCAACCCGGAUGGCGGAGAAAGACACCUGCAAAUUCCUGGUCGCCAAGUGCAUUGAUGCAAAACUCCUUUAUGCAGACCAAGUCGCCGCCAGCGGGAGUGAACCCAAAUCAACCAAUUGGAUGGACUCUGACAGGUACACUCAACUCUCCAAGCACAAAUGUAGCCUGGCAUUUCUCGGGGGCUCCUGGGACCCAUGAACCUGUGCAACACUCCCUUGACUCUGUUCUCGACACCGACAACCCCUUCACCUACAACAUGCAAAACACAUCUCCAUUCCAACAACAUAACAAUCAUCUACGCACAUACUCGGGCAACAAUCUCCCACGGCCACCUCCCCUCCAACCACGUCACCAUCGCUCUUCCCUUCCAGCUUCCGCAUUCGCGACUAUUCAUCCUUCGCCGACCUCUUUCCCUUCUCCGCUAUCGUCUCAUCGUGUUCAAGAUGGUGGUUCGUUACUUGUUCCUUCCACCUCUUUCACACAGCCACCACACUCGCAGAAUGACGUUGACAAUUUCGGGGUCGUGGUGGGAGAAGAGGAGGAGGGGGAAAACGGGUUUGGAGAUUUCUUGAUCGAGAGCCGGGAUGUUGAUAUGAGUCUUUUGGAAUUGGACAUGUUGCCGUGGUUUGAUGCUGCGGGUGGAGCUUUGAUGGGGGAGUUUGAGAGCGAGGUUGGUGGACAUGGUGCAUUUCACAAUGGACGGGAUGAUGUGAGGGAGUAG